AGGAUCUCACACCGGUUACCUGCUCGACCGGAGCUAGACAGUCGACAGUCGAGAGUUGGACCUGGACCUGCUUGCACCUUGUUGUAUUGUACAUACUAGCCACACGCUGUAAGUGCAGGGAAAGAUACGCAUCACGAAACAUCACUUUCACCAAGAUGCUGAGGGAAACUGCUUUGGUUUUCGCCGCAUUGGCCUUCGUGUUGGUUAGCAGUACCAAAGUCAACGAAUGUGGUACUGGAGGUCGGCAGCUUCCAGAUAAAAAUCAGGUCCAGAUUACCAACUGCGAUGCUCCACCUUGCAAGCUGAAGAAGAAAACUCGCGUUGCUAUCUCACAGACAUUCACACCAAAAAGAGAUAUUCAACGAUUGAGAACUUCAGUUCAUGCUAAUAUUAUGGGCCUUCCCCUUCCCUUCAUUGGUGUGGAUGGCACUGAUGCGUGCAACAAUAUUUUUAACAUUGAUGAGACCAAAGCAUCUUGCCCUCUCAAAAAGGACGUGCAGUACGUUUAUAAGAACGUAUUUCCUAUUUUGGAAAUAUAUCCAAAGAUUUCAUUGGUUGUACACUGGUCCUUGAAGGAGAAUAAUAACGUAAUCACCUGCUUCGAGGUCCCAUCACGAAUAUCGUCUUAAAUGUUAUCUACCUCGUCACUAUAUGUUUGCUUUUCGCUAAUCUAAAACUGAUGAUGAAAAUUAGUUGGCUGUAGUGCUUUAAUUGCUUCUUGAGUAGUAAAGUAGAUGCUGACUGGUACUGACAUGAAGGGCGAAAUAUACUUUUUCAUUUAA